CACAGCUCCAAAGGGGAUGAUUUAUCCACAGCUAUUCUGAAGCAGAAGAGCCGACCCAAUCGGUUAAUUGUAGAUGAAGCGAUCAAUGAAGACAACAGUGUAGUCUCUCUGUCCCAGGGUAAGAUGGAUGAGCUGCAGCUUUUCCGUGGCGACACUGUCCUCCUGAAAGGGAAGAAAAGGCGAGAAGCUGUGUGCAUCGUUCUGUCUGAUGAUACUUGCUCUGACGAGAAGAUCCGAAUGAACAGGGUGGUCCGUAACAAUCUGCGCGUCAGGCUGGGGGAUGUCAUCAGUAUUCAGCCAUGCCCAGAUGUGAAGUAUGGUAAACGGAUCCAUGUCUUACCCAUCGAUGAUACAGUGGAGGGAAUCACGGGAAAUCUCUUUGAGGUCUAUCUGAAGCCUUACUUCCUUGAGGCCUACAGGCCUAUCAGAAAAGGUGACAUCUUUCUGGUCCGCGGUGGGAUGCGUGCUGUGGAGUUCAAGGUGGUAGAGACAGAUCCCAGUCCGUACUGUAUAGUCGCCCCAGAUACUGUAAUCCACUGUGAAGGGGAGCCCAUUAAACGUGAGGAUGAGGAAGAGUCUCUCAAUGAAGUGGGUUACGAUGACAUUGGAGGCUGCAGAAAACAACUGGCACAAAUCAAGGAGAUGGUGGAGCUCCCGUUGAGGCACCCUGCACUGUUUAAGGCCAUUGGUGUAAAGCCUCCGCGUGGUAUCCUGCUGUAUGGACCUCCAGGAACUGGAAAAACCCUGAUUGCAAGAGCUGUAGCUAAUGAAACCGGCGCCUUCUUCUUCCUCAUCAAUGGUCCUGAGAUUAUGAGUAAGUUGGCUGGUGAGUCUGAGAGCAACCUUCGCAAAGCCUUCGAGGAAGCCGAGAAGAAUGCCCCCGCCAUUAUCUUUAUUGAUGAACUGGAUGCCAUUGCUCCCAAGAGAGAGAAGACACAUGGAGAGGUGGAGCGUCGUAUUGUGUCUCAGCUGCUAACGCUUAUGGAUGGUCUAAAACAAAGAGCGCACGUCAUCGUCAUGGCUGCCACCAACCGACCCAACAGCAUUGAUCCAGCACUUCGACGUUUUGGUCGCUUUGACAGAGAGGUUGAUAUUGGAAUUCCUGAUGCUACUGGAAGGCUGGAAAUUCUUCAGAUACACACCAAAAACAUGAAGCUGGCUGAUGACGUGGAUCUAGAACAGGUAGCAAAUGAGACACAUGGCCAUGUUGGGGCAGAUCUUGCUGCGCUGUGCUCCGAAGCUGCUCUCCAGGCCAUCCGGAAGAAGAUGGACCUCAUAGACUUAGAAGAUGAAACCAUAGAUGCUGAAGUCAUGAAUUCGUUGGCUGUCACUAUGGAUGACUUCAGGUGGGCACUUAGUCAGAGCAACCCAUCAGCACUGCGUGAGACAGUGGUGGAGGUGCCACAGGUCACCUGGGAGGAUAUCGGUGGCUUAGAAGAUGUUAAAAGGGAGCUGCAGGAAUUGGUACAGUAUCCUGUGGAGCAUCCAGACAAAUUUUUGAAGUUUGGCAUGACACCAUCUAAAGGUGUGCUUUUCUACGGGCCACCUGGGUGUGGUAAGACUUUGUUAGCCAAGGCCAUUGCCAAUGAGUGCCAGGCCAACUUUAUCUCCAUCAAAGGCCCUGAGCUGCUCACCAUGUGGUUUGGAGAGUCUGAAGCCAAUGUCAGAGAGAUCUUUGACAAGGCUAGGCAGGCCGCUCCAUGUGUCCUCUUCUUUGAUGAACUGGACUCCAUCGCCAAGGCCCGUGGUGGCAACAUCGGUGAUGGUGGUGGCGCUGCUGACAGAGUCAUCAACCAAAUCCUGACUGAGAUGGAUGGAAUGUCCACCAAAAAGAACGUCUUCAUCAUUGGAGCCACCAACAGACCCGACAUCAUUGACCCCGCCAUCCUGCGUCCUGGCCGUCUGGAUCAGCUCAUCUACAUUCCACUACCCGAUGAGAAGUCUCGCAUUGCUAUCCUAAAGGCAAACCUGAGGAAGUCUCCUGUUGCCAAGGAUGUGGACCUGGACUUCCUGGCCAAGAUGACCAAUGGUUUCUCUGGUGCUGACUUGACUGAGAUCUGUCAGCGGGCCUGCAAACUGGCAAUUCGUGAAUCCAUCGAGAAUGAGAUCAGGAGAGAGCGGGAGAGACAGACAAACCCUUCAGCCAUGGAAGUGGAAGAGGAUGAUCCUGUACCUGAAAUCCGCCGGGAUCACUUUGAGGAAGCUAUGCGCUUUGCUCGCCGUUCCGUCAGCGACAACGACAUCAGAAAAUACGAAAUGUUUGCACAGACUUUGCAGCAGAGCCGCGGCUUUGGCAGUUUCAGAUUCCCCUCUGGAGGGCAGGGAGGAUCCGGUCCAAGUCAAGGAGCUGGAGGCGGUGCUGGGGGAAACCACUUUGCUGAAGAAGAAGACGAUCUGUACGGCUAG